AUGGAUGACAACAACGCUUCAAUCCUGCUCGUAGCCGUCCUGAAUCGUUGUGGGCACCCCACUGAGGAUCUCGACGAGGAUGGCAGUCCUCGGAGCAAGCCGGAUCCGACGCUUCAGAAGGAGGUGCGGGAGAUUGCGAGGAAUGCGAAAGUUCAGGCCACGCACGCUUCCAUGGAGUACCCCCCGAACAGCGGCAACGGCCUGCCCAUCGACCGCCUGCCCCGCGCGCUAGAGGCGCUGAGCUACCUCAGUCCGGACCCAAAGCGCAUCGAGGACUCAUUGCUCACGCUGCUGUACCGAAGUUCCAUGGAUCAGCCGCUGGCGCUGGAUGAGUUCGCGGUGGUCAUCCAUCACUUCGAGGUGCACCGCGCGCAGCAGAUCAAGGCGCAGUUCGAGCAGCUGGACGAAGAUAGCUCAGGGUCCAUCGAUAAGUCAGAGCUGCGCCGGCUUCUCUGGGACACCGGCUACUCCGUGAACAGGGAGACGUUGGAUGAGAUCUUCGAGGAGGUGGAUCGCGACAGGUCCGGGACCGUGGAGCUGAAGGAGUUUGAGCUGGUGCUGAAGAUCGUCUACGACCGGUUUGGUUUCUCCCGGUCAGAGGUCAAGGCCUUCUACACACUCUUUGACCGCUACGACGCGGACCUCUCAGGCGAGCUCUCAGCCGAUGAGCUUGCGGGUGCACUGGGCUGGUGCGGCCAUCCCACGAGCAUUGCGGAGGCGCGGGACAUCAUCGAGCGGUACCUGGAGAAGGCCUUCGAAAGGGUGUUGAGGGCUAAGGCAAAGAGACGUCUCGGAUGA